AUGGGAGUUUGUUGUACAAAAAUGAGUAAUCAUUAUGAAUAUCCACCCAAGCGAGAUGAAUCUCCUAUGUAUGUACCUUUCGAAUCGCUCACCAAAUCAGUUGUUCAUUCUGUUAUUAAAGUUGUAACUUCAUAUCGUUCUCUAAAUGAAGAUUAUAGUGAACGUACUCUUUAUAAUUUCUUGCUUGCAAUAAAGAAGAAAUUGGAAAAAAUUGAAAGCGAUAUAAGUACAAAUGAGAAAAAAUUUGAUGUUCAUAUCAUUCAACACGCAAGACAAGUUCGUGGGUGGCUUAUGGAUAGGAAUAACAAGCCAUUAGAUUGGAAGAAUCUUGAAAAACAUUAUGAAAAAACAAUCAAUGAGCGUGAACGUUAUUGGGAAUUAACAGACCCGCCUGUGAGUUCUCCAUAA